AUGUUCUGAAUCCCAAUUUGUGUAUUGCAUACAUGUUCUGGUGUCAUUGCACAUUGCAGCACUUUAUUUUAGGCCAGGGCCUAGCUCGCCGUACAAUUUACAUUACCAGCCACCGGCACCACUUUCAGUCCGAGGUUUUCUACCUACAGCAGUACAGUACUACUGACUGCCAGCCAGUGAAUUAGUGGAGUCCAUUGUGUGCCUGCUAGCUAGGUUAGGCUACAGACAGUGCAAUGGCCUAUCUGAAUUCUAGCUAUUGUAGUAGGCUGAUCUAGGCCAACCACCUAGCCCAGGCCAGGGCCUAAGUUAAGCCUAGCAUCAGGAGGACUCGAGGAGUAAUUUAUUUAAUAUUUUUUUGUUUUUUUUUUAUGCGGUUUUAUGGUGGCCUGCCCUUUUUGUUUUGUGUGCUUAUUCGUUUGUGGGACCACCAUAUUUUGAUUUUUUUGGCGGAGUGCAUUUUGCUGUUCAGCUUUUCAAGGUCAGAGGUUCAGUUCCAACCUUUGCUGUAUUUGCCUUGUGGCCAUGGAGAAUUGGUUGGAACAGAUUGUGCUAUCAUCCAUGAGAUAUAUGACAAUGGACAUGCUCAGGAGCAGUUUGAACUUGAACUUGAACAAGCACUAGAGGCUCAGAAAAGCAUCAUUAUUAUAGAACCAUCACAUAUAGGUGACGAAACAGCAAGAUGGAUUAUAGUCGGAAAUUGUCUCCAUAAGAUGGCAGUGUUAGCUGGUGUGACCUCUUUAACGUCACCUCUCCUUUUACCAAGGAAUGUUUCAAAUUUUGUAUGUAUUCCAAUGGGUGCAAUCAGCAUGGCGUGUGCUCUGCUUUAUGGCGUUUCCUGGCAAUUCGAUCCGUGCUGUAAAUACCAAGUUGAGUACGACACCCGGAAGUUAUCCAAGCUGCCGCUUCAUACACUAUCAACAUCGUCACCCGUUGUGUUAGUACGCAAAGAUGAUAAAUAUCGAAAAGUAUUACACAAUGUAAUUUCUGGAAUGACCUGCAUCUAUUUAGGCUACAAAUUCUACCAUUGGUUUCUACAAUGAGACUCAGGAUAAAAAAUUAAAUUACAAAUUUAAACAGUAUUUUAUGCAUUCAAAUGAUGGUGUAAAUUGAUUUAUGUUCGCGACCACUCAUUUUACUUGUGCUGUAAUAGCGACUGUCUUCCAAGUUGAAAUUACGGAGAUUUGUAUGCGUACAUAGUACAUACUAAUAGUUUUACGAGUUGUCAGUUUCAUUUAUCCCAUGCAUCAAGUGACUAGACCUGUACAGCUUGGUGGUUUAGAAGAUGCUUGCCUUCCAAUCUUAAGGAGCUGGUUCAAAUCUGUCAAAACAAUGAAUGGAAAAACUCCACUUCUGAAGCCUGCUAAAAACACUUGGUUUACUGGGCAUCAUUCAUUAUUGCCCAAGGGCAAGUCACUUGAAUAAGAAUAAAAAUAUAUAAAUAUAACGGUCAUCCUCAAUGGAAGUGCAGAUAGACAUUUGUAGGAUGGCAUAUCAGAAGUGACUGUUAUGAUUGUUAAAAUUUUUAAAAAUAUUCAAAUUAAGUGCUGUGGUUGCUAGUGAUUCUAAAUAAAAGCAACAUGGUUAAAUCUGAUAUUUUUUAACAAGAUUACAAUCUAUAGAAAUGACUAUCAAUUGGUAUUUGGGCAGUUUAUUUUUACUUAUAAAUAAUUUAUCAAUUAACCACCUAAUAUGUGUGAGACAAAUUAAGUUGUGUGUUGGAGUUCAAUAAACAACUUCAUUUAUUAUGAUGAUUGGUCUGAUAAAUAUUUUUUGUUGUUAUAGCGAGAAAACAACUCAGUUCCUUUUCCGUUCAAAUUCCAAAAUCAAUUUUAUUCCAGCAAAACCAGCAUACAAUUAUUAUUUACUUAUAAAUUACAAUUAACAAAUUAAAUUACAAUACUGUACAACGAUUAAAAUUGUUAAUGCAAGGAAGUAUUAAAUAGACCAUAUUGGUUAAAGUUAUGGUUUUAAAAAAAUAACCAAAGGUUUAAGAACAGACCAGGAGCUGAGGUUUGUGUCACUGUCAACUGGCCUUUUAUGUAUGCCGCCACCUAUCGUCUAGUUUAUACAGGUACUCUUUGCCUAUUCCAUGGGUGCUGUGAUCGUCAAUAUACAAACUGCAAUCGAUAACGCGGAUACUACAAUAAUUAUAAUAUAAUUCAAGAAAAAUACCUUUAUACUUGUUUAAUAAUAAAGAGUAACCAUUUUGUACAAAUGUUCAUUCAGCGCCAUCGAACAUGUGAUGAAUGUUGCGCUAUAAGUUAGCGAUUGAUUGAUUGAUCGUCCUUGACGACUUCAUUCCUAGAAUUUGCUCAAAUUACGAACUUUGGCCCAAUGUUGGAAAGAAGGCAUUUGAACACGAAUAAAAUUACUCAUCGACCUUU